AUGCUGGUGACCUAUUUGGAAGCCAGCCGGGACCUUUGCGAGACGGACUCGAUUCUCUUUGGCGCCGCAGUGGCAGUUUGCCGUAUUAUUGGCGCCAAACUUCCCAUGGCUGGACGCGCUACUACACAAAGUAACGCCAUCCCAGCCUGGAGGAAAAGAAUCGAGGACCGUAUCGCAAAGGCAAGGGCCCUUAUCGGCAGACUGACAAGCUUCAGGUCGGGUAAUAAUAGACCGAGGAUUAUGCGCACCGUUAGGAUGGCGUUUGCUGGGACAAAUAUCAGUUUGUCCCAGCCGGAUAUCACGCAGAAACUAACGGAGCGCAUAGACGACCUGAAGCAAAAGAUCGCUGCUUGGGGGAAGCGGAUUCGACGAUUUUCCGAGGGGUCAAGGCGGUUCAACCAGAAUCGUCUCUUCCAGAGUGAUCAGAAGAGGCUCUAUAAAUUAUUGGAGCGACCAAAGGUAUGUGUAGCGGGCCAAGGACCGGAUCAGGCUGACAUUAUCGCAUUCUGGCGUGGCCUGUGGUCAGAGCCCGUAAACCACAGUGAGGGCCCUUGGAUGGAAGUUGUGGCGAGCCAGGGUGCGAGUGUUACGCCUAUGGACCCCAUCACCAUAACGCCAGAAGACGUAGAUGAGGCGGUCCGUAGGGCCCCGAACUGGAAAAGUCCGGGGCUCGACGGGCUGCAUCAUUACUGGCUGAAGGG